AUGGAGGGUAGAAAUGAUCUUCCAGAACAAGUUGCUCAUCACAUUAUCUCCUUCCUUACUAGUACUGCAGACCUCACCAGUUUUGGCACAGUAUCCAGGACACCUCCAUCUCUCAUCUCCAUCCUUGAAUCUUGUCCAACUUUCGGGUUGUUCAAAUGGAUCUCCUCUCACUGCAGAUGCAUUAAGGAACUGCGUCUUGAACAUGUUGGGUUGGCAGAUAUCACCAUUGAAAGCUCGUCUUUGAAAUCCUUUAGCAUUGUUGCUGGUGGCGAUAAACUUAAAAUAUCAGGUGAGAAACUUGAAGAUAUGCACAUCAGGUGGCGGACAAAUUCGUCCGGCCAAUCGUUGAACAUUGUUGCUCCAAGCCUUACAUAUUUGGAAUGGAUUGGGAACACAAUCAAUCACCAGCUGGGGAAAUUAUUGCAUUUGGAAAAAGGAGAGAUUUGUCUGGUUGCUGAUCACAAUAGCUUUGGCAAGGUGUUUGAGGUUUUUCGGAGCGGGCCAAUGCCAUUAAAUGAUGUUUCUUAUUUGUGUAUCACCAUUGGAAGCUUUAAGGAUCACUUAGCCCCUGAAUUAGCUAAUCUUUUUAGGAGAAUGCCUAACUUGAGUACUUUGCGCAUGAAGUGCAAUCCACUGCCCGAAUCCCAUGGUUCCGGGUUUGGCAUGGAGUUUUGGAAAAUGCAAAACCUUGCUUUUAUUUCUCAGCUUAAUGAGGUAACUAUAGAGCUAUACGAGCUUUCCCAGCUUAAGAAGAUUUAUUUAUGUUAUAAUACUUUCAGCUUCUGUUUCUCAAGUGCCACUGCUCUUAUGGUUCUGACAACCCCUUCUCUUCAGGGGGAGAGGAGGAGUGAAGAGAAGUUUGCCAGUGCCACUGAUCAUAUGGCUCCAUCGACCCCUUCUCUUCAAGGGGAGAGAGGGAGUGAAGAGAAGUUGUCUCUGAUUUGGUGCCAGUGCCUUAUAUUGCUCUUGCUGGUACCAGUGUUGCUCUUGCUGCUGCCAGUGUUGUUGUCUCUUGUUGAGGACAGUGUUGUUGUUGCUUCUACCGUGUUCUUGCCUUUACCGGUGUGUUUCUGA